CUCAAAACUGUCAUCAGAGCGCGAUGAUUUGAUUCUCGGUAUCAGUCUUAUGUUUUACACUAUUUUAAUUGAAUAGCAUGUUAUUUAAAAUAAUACACACUCAUGAUCAACUUUUUAAAAUUACGAUUAAAAUUUAAAUAUUUAUUCUCUCUAAAUUUAAUUGAAAAAUAAUGUUCCUGAAUUUAUUAAUUUUUAGUCACAUAUUUUUAGUUUUCUCUGUUUCUCUCUGUUUAGGUUCUUGCUAUCAUGAAAACAAAUUGCAACAGAAUGGAGCAGUCUGGAAUUCUUCUUGUAGCAUAUGCCACUGUGACUCAGGGAACGUAAGCUGCUCAAAUGUAGCAUGCCCUAUCCUUAACUGCGCAAGCAAUGAAGUGAUUUCACGAGAUUCAUGCUGCCCACAAUGCACAUCUUCUAAAGGAUCCUGUGCUGAUGGGUCAGCAUCUCAUACAGACACUAGUGCAUGGUUCGGAAGAUCUAGGUGUAUUUUAUACCAAUGUCAAGAUGGCUCAAUUAUUCCUCAUCUUAUUCAGUGUCCAUCAUUAAUCUGCUCACAAGGAGAAACACUUAUCACACCACUUGGUAAAUGUUGCCCUGUUUGCGUAUCUGACUGUAAAAGUUCUGAAAAUGACAUGAUUCCUAUUGAAGGUGCUCAAAAUAAGUGUUCCAAUCAAAGUUUCAAUGUUUCAAGAAAUUGUAAUACUGAAUCAAGAACCAAAGAGGAAAUCAAUUUAUUAUGGAAAGAUCCGUGUACAUUGUGUGUAACAUCAGCAGAAGAAAUAAAUUGUUAUGUUCGUAAAUGUCCUUUAUGUGAUUCCAGUUCAACUGACAGUUCAGAAUGUUGCCCUUGUUCUAAAAAUUUAUGCUCUAAAGAAUGUUUGAAAUGUGCUGAUGAUGACAUAAACAUUUGUACUGAAUGCAGGGAUUUAAGCAGUGUGGUACUUGAUGGGCAGUGUGUUUCGAAAUGCCCUGAUGGUUUUUAUGAAGAUGAAAAAAGACAAUGCAAAAAGUGCCCUUCUAUUUGCAAAAAUUGCUUUGGAAGUAUGAGUAGCCAGUGUUCUAGCUGCCACCGAGGUUUUUUUCUGCAACAAGGACGGUGCGUCAAAGAAUGCGGUCCGAAUUUUUUCGCUUCUGGAAAUAUUUGUUUAGAGUGCCAUGAAUCUUGUGGGAGCUGUGAAGGACCCAAUCACAAUGACUGCAUAAUAUGCGCAUUAUCUGGCCAAUUGCUUCAAAAUGGUGAAUGUGUUGAUAAUUGCGUGGGGCAUUUUUAUGUUUCGGAUAAUAAUUGUAUGGAGUGUAAUGAAAGCUGCGCAAGAUGUUUAAAGGAUGGCACGUGUCAGUAUUGUGAGCAGAAUUAUUUUCUUGAAGAGGAAGAAUGUGUACCUGAAUGCUCUGCUAGUUAUUACACAUUUCUAGAUGCAUAUUGUAUAUCAUGUCACUCUGAUUGCCAAGGAUGCUACGGACCCUUAGCCUAUCAAUGCACAAGCUGUCCUUUCGGACAAUUUCUACUUGAAAACUCUUGUGUUUGGGAUUGUGGCCAAGGCUAUUUCGGAGAUCUUGGGGCUGGAAUUUGUAGAACUUGCCAUGCAGAUUGCCGCUCUUGCUUAGGUGGCUCUUCUGCGGACAAAUGUUUAACCUGCUCGAGUGGUUAUUUAUUACCUUAUAUUGGUACUCAUUUUGGACCAUGUGUAGAAAAUUGUCCUAGUGGUUACUUUUUAUCAGAGGAUGGCGUCUGUAUGACCUGUCAUGAAUCUUGUGAAUCCUGUUUUGGAGCAAACGAUACUGAUUGUAGAUCUUGUAUUACUCCACUAUAUUAUAAACAUGGUAGAUGUGUACCUCAUUGUUCUGCUGGGUAUUUUCAAGAUGGCGGAAUAUGUUACGCUUGCCACCCAUCAUGUUCAACUUGCUAUGGAUUCAGCGAAGAAGAAUGCUACACUUGUCCUCACGGAAGAAACUUCAAGUAUGGACGAUGUAUUUCUGAGUGUGAAGAUGGGAAAUUUUUGGACGUGGAGGGCUCUUGCCGAGAUUGCCAUGCAUCUUGCAACGAUUGUAUGCUUAAUCACACAGAAAGUGACAGUGUUCAAUGUUUACAGUGUAAAAAUCAGCAGUUGUCCAUUCUAAAUGAAGAAUGUGUUCAUGAUUGUCCACCUAAUUAUUAUUUGAAUUCAUAUCGGUUCUGCCAAGAAUGCCAUCCAACUUGUGCAACCUGUGAGAGAAGCGGUGCAAGCAGCUGUGUUAGCUGUUGGAAAGGUAGUUUGUUAACUCAUCUUGGAACUUGUGAACCCUAUUGCCAUAGAGGAUACUUCCCUGCAAACGGACUUUGUCAAGCAUGUAACUCUGAUUGUCACCAUUGCACUGAUGCUUCGAAAUGUCUCCAAUGCAAAGGAGAUUUGGUGUUAGAAUUCGGAAAAUGCGUCUGGACAUGCACUAGUCAUCAUUACGUCGAUGCAAUUAGUCGCCGAUGCAAAGAAUGUCCGGAAAAAUGCAGUUCUUGUAGGGGUCCAUCAGACACUGAUUGCUUGUCAUGCGUUGAUGGAAGUUUACUCGAAGAUGGAUCUUGUAUUGACCACUGCUCCGAUGGGUUCUAUGAAAAUGACGGUGUUUGUGAAACCUGUGAUUUAAAAUGCAAAACAUGUUCGAGUUUAAACAAAUGUACGUCGUGUGAUCUGCCUCUUCUGCUAUUAGAUGGACAAUGCGUUGAUGACUGCGGCAAUAAAAGGUUCGCUGAUUUUGAUACGUUGAAAUGUGAAUCUUGCUCUGAAGGGUGUCUCUACUGCACAACAUCUGAGGAAUGCGAUUUAUGUCAAAAAGGAUAUUUUUUGCUGGAAAGAUUUUGUGUGAAUUCUUGUCCUAACGACCUUUAUGGAGAUCCUGUCACAAGAAUUUCUUGUUCUGAAGGCUGUCUCUACUGUACAACAUCUGAGGAAUGCGAUUUAUGUCAAAAAGGAUAUUUUUUGCAGGAAAGAUUUUGUGUGAAUUCAUGUCCUGACGACCUUUAUGGAGAUCCUGUCACAAGAAUUUGUAGAAAUUUUACUGAUGUUUCGAAACUGAUGGUUGAGAAUAGUGUUAUGCUUCAAUUAGGACAUUCCCUUUUGAUUACGACAGACUUACUCAAUUUGUCAAAUGCUACAUUGGAAAAAUUAUUUAUUAUGCUAGCUGACCGUCCUAAAAAUACACAGCUUUUAAAAAUUUUAGACACAGGUAAUAUUGUGGAAUUAAAAACUGGAGACAACUUUACUUCCAAUCAACUCCAAAAUGGCUGGGUGUUUUUCAAGCAUCUCAAUGGAUUACCCAUUCAAGGAAAACUGAGUUUUAUAAUUUCUAAUGGCCACACUGUCAGUGAUGAAAUCAUUUUGCCUAUACAUGUAGUCUCUGAAUUCCCACCAGUCAUCGAGCAACUACAAUAUAUUGUAGUACCUGAUGAAUCAACAAUUAUCAUAAAUUCCUCAUCAUUACAUAUCGAUGAUUUGGACAACAUACAAGAUAUUACGUUGAAAGUUAUUGAAGGACCUUGCAAUAGAGUUUUAAUACGUUUGCCUGAUGAGAAAGAAAUGUCUACAGUUCCUUAUAAAGAGUUCUCGCAGAAUCAACUUGCAUUUAAAAGUUUGAAAUCUGACAAGGUAUCAGAAGGAAAUAUACUUAUACAAGCCUAUGAUGGUUUUAAUACAAAACUACUUGAUUUGAAAGUGUUUGUGGUGCCCAAGGACCAAACGAAAUUAUUUGUUGCUCGCAAUAACCCACUUUACAUCACGGCAGGUAAUGAAAUGAAACUAAAUAAUAAGUUACUGCUCACUGUUGGAGAUAACUUAUAUCCUAGCAAUACCCAUUAUCAUGUACAAUACUCAAUAGGAACUUUCUACAAGAAGAAAUCUAAAUUAAAUACUGAAAGUCAAGAUGAAAAUAUCAUUGAAUUGAAAUCAUUUUCACAAGAGGAUAUUGAUUACGAAAACAUUUACUAUUAUCACCCAAACACGAGUGUUUCAAACGCUAUAAUUAAUUUUAUGGUUAAAAACAGUGACUCGCAAGAGGAAUAUAAAUUUGAUUUCGAAGUUUUUGUUUUGAAACCUGAAACAAGUCAGUCGAAUGUAACGAACCAGUUUGGAAUGAUGGUUUUGCAAAACCACCCCGCAACGAUAACUAAUGAUCAUCUCUUAGUACAUAUUGAUGGAAUACCUUCAAACGACAUUGUUUACAUGAUCACUAAAAAACUACUAAACAGUGAAGGAACUCUUGAAAAUACUGAUAAACCAGGUGAAAGAAUACAAUCUUUCACGCAAAAAGACAUCAAUGAUUUAAAAAUUGUUUACCAUCCUCCACCGUUAGUCGCCAGUUCUGAAAAAGAAUUCACUUUCAAGUUCGUUGUUAUUGAUGCCAUAAGUGAAGUGCAACUUUCACCAGUUCAAGAUUUUGUGAUUACCAUCACUCCAGCGUCAGAUGUUUUUACAUCUCCAGCAUCUUCCAUAACUCAUAAAUCCACUGUUCAUGUUCGCCAAGGUGAAAUUGCUAAACUAGGACCACAAUGGUUGACAACUGAUGGACAUGAAAUGCCUGAAGAUCAACUUGAAGUUGUUCUCAUUAAUGCUCCUCAACAUGGCAAUCUUGUUCAAAUCACUGGUGGUACAAGAAUUGAAAUUGGAGAAGAAGAUGGUUUUGCAUAUUCAUCUAUUGUAAAUGAUAUGUACUACGAACAUGAUGGUUCCAACAAUAUACACGACAAUGCAGUAUUCUCCAUUAUGGGUGGAAAGCAAUCUACAUUAAACAGUGUGAUAUUUGAAAUUCGACUCAACGAUGUAGAAAGUCCAGUAAUCCUUGAUUCCACGACACUCAUGGGAUCAAUUGUUGAAGGCAAAUCGCUAAAUAUUUUGAGGCAUCAUUUGGCCUUUACGGACUUGGUGUCAGGAGAUAAAGAUAUUAUGUUCACAUUGAUAGCUUCGCCAAAACAUGGAAUACUGGAGAAAAAAGAAAAUGGUCUUUAUUACGCGUUAAAUCCCAAAGAUCAGUUUUCUCAACAAGAUAUCAAUGAACAAAUAAUACGAUAUACCGCAAGCACCGAUAUUGGCAAUGACGUUGUAAGAGAGUUUGUGUAUUUUGAUGUUUCUGAUGCAAGUGGUAAUGUGCAAGCUAAUCAAGUUUUGACUAUUAAAGUGAAGCCGAAAAAGAAAGAACCACCUACUGUCAAAAUAACAACUGAUGUUCAGGUUAAUGAAGGUGGAGAAGCUGUGAUUGAACCUCAUGUUAUUACUGUAUUUGAUCCAGACUCUGCGCUUUCUGACCUUACUGUUGUACUAGAUACACAACCUGAUUAUGGAUUUAUAGAAAACUCCAGACCAAUUCCAGGUGCGGAAAACUCGCUGGCUGGCAUUCCAAUAUCAUCUUUCCCAUACAUAGAUUUAAUAGAAGGAUUCGUAAAAUACAUUCAGACUGCUCACCACGGCGUGGAACCAGAACGAGACUCAGUCUACAUCCACAUAAAUGACGGAUAUCUAUCAUCAUCAUCUCAUCUUCUAAAUAUCACCAUAAAACCUAUGAACGAUGAAACACCCCAUGUAUUUACAGAUUAUGUCAUUGUGGAUUUCGGACGCUACACAAAAAUCUCAAAUUCUAGCUUCUCUGUGAUCGAUGUGGAUACUAAACCAGAUGAUCUUGAAAUUUCAAUUCUAAAUCCACCCCAACAAGGUUCUGUUAAGACAUUGAAUCAAUCAUCACAUCUUCUGAGUCAAGCUACAACAUUGCAUAAGGGAGAUGUAUUUAGUUUCCUCGAUAUUAUGAACGAAUUGCUUUUCUAUGAACACAGUGGAAAGAAGCCAGUGCAGAAUGACACGCUUACUUUUUCAGUCAGUGACGGACACCAUACUAUCGUGUCUGAUAUACAUGUACUAGUAUUUGAAACAGAUAAAGAAACACCUUUCAUUCUUAGAAAUUUAGGAGUAGAAUUAAUCCCUGGAAAUUCAACGGUUAUUAAUAAUAACACUCUUAGUGCAUCUGAUAUCGAUAGUCCAGAUAACCUUCUUCUAUUUUCUUUGACCUCGGACCCACUAUUUGGUCAGCUUUUUUUGACAACAAAUGGAGAGGUGAAGCAGUUGUCAUCUAAAGGAAAAAAUACUUUUUCCCAGGAAGACAUUAAUUUGGGAAAUCUUAAAUAUCAUCACAAUGCAAAUGGAUCAACAGGAGUUCAUCAUUUCCGGUUUAAUAUUCGUGAUCCUGCGAACAAUACACUUUUGAACCAAAUGUUUUUCAUUACGGUUUCUGAUGAUAUUUUUCCACCUAUCAUCACUCGAAACACAGGACUCGAAGUCUUAGAACACCAAAGCAGUUGCAUUACACACAAUAACUUAACAGCCACUGAUGAGCAUCAGAAAAACUUGGACCUGAUUUUUACUCUAACUUCAGUACCUUCCUAUGGGUACUUGGAAAACAAGAAAACAAAUGAAAUGUCAAUAACAGAUUUUAAGCUAAGUGACCUUAAACUAGGAAUCAUAUGCUACGUUCACACAAAAAAUACCUCAGAUUCUUUGGAUCAUUUUAGCUUUACAAUCAGUGAUGGUAAAAACUGGGCUCAUCACAAUUUUUACAUAUCAAUCAUUUAUAAAUCAAACAUUCCUAUUCUGAAAAUAAAGCCACUGUACGUCAAGGAAGGAUCAGUUAAAGUCAUUUCGGAGUUUGAGUUGGACAUCGUGAAUAAAGAUACACAAGACGAAGAUAUCAUUUUUCGCGUGGUAGAACCCCCAAAAUAUGGCUUUGUCCGAAACUCUGAAGGUUUUGAAGUCGAUUCUUUUUCUGUUGCUGAUUUGAAGCAGGGGAAGAUAUUUUAUCAAAGUGGCGGAUCAGAUGUAGAAGUAGAUGAGUUAACUUUCACAGUUUCUGAUAAUUCAAAUAAGGGUUAUAUUUUUACAUCAGGAAAAGGCAACAUAACAUCAAAUUCACCACUCAUAUUCCCUAUUAAUAUUAUACAAGUUGACGAUGUUGUUCCAGUUUUGGUAAGGAAUAAAGCAUCAAAAUUUCUAGGAAAAAACGGCACAAAAGUGUGGAGUUUAAUUACAAAUGAUAACAUUCUUGUUAAAGAUUCAGAUACAAGUACAGAGGAUAUCAUAUUUCGCAUUACACUACAACCCCAGUUUGGUUACCUGCAACUUUCUACGAAGGAAGGACAGAAGAUAACUCAAUUCACACAAAGAGAUAUAAAUGAAUAUAAAGUACUAUACAUUCUAAAAGACGAUAAUUAUAAGUCAACGAAGGAUGAAUUCAUAUUUUCAUUUGAAGAUACCAAACCCAAUAAAGUUUUCAAUAACUUAUUUACUCUGGAGUGGUCUCGUGUUUCAUUCAAAAUUUCAUCUUUUAACGUCUCAGAAGUUGAUGGUUUUCUGGAAUUGCCUGUAAAAUGUUUAGGAUAUUGCUGGGAUACUUUAGCAUUAUGCAAAAUCAAGGACAACUUGGCGAAGAGAGAUAAAGAUAUUCUAAUACACGUCUCAAAUGAAGUUUACUUCGACGUAAGCAAUAGCACAAAAAAUUGCGUUUUUAAAUUGGUCGAUGACACUAACUUUGAUGGUCUAAGGGAGUACACGAUCGAAUUACAGAGUUCUUCUUUAGUUGGCGAAAUCAAUGAGGCUGUGAUUCAAGUUAAUGAUAAAGAAGACGAACCUUCUUUGAGUUUUAAAGAUGCUGUGUUUAAAGUUAAUGAAAGUGAGCUUCAACUUCAUGUUCCAGUUCAACGCAAAGGUGACCUUAGACAAGAAAUCAGUUUAAUGUGUGUUACAUCGGACAUCACUGCUAGAGGAAACACUGAAGAUGGGCUAGGAUCAGGAUCAGAUUAUAUCAGUCGUUUCUCUAAUUACAAAUCUUUUAUAACUUUCCCUGCUGGAAUAACCACAGUUGAUUGCAUAGUAGAGAUUAUUGAUGACAAUAUAAUGGAAAAUAAAGAAGAAUUUCUUCUUUCUUUGACCAAUCCUCAUCCUUUUGGCCAAAUUAGAGGCAAUAGCUCGGCACGAAUCAUAAUCAAUGGUCCUAAUGAUGUUUCAGAAGUAUUUUUAAAGAAAGACUCGUCUGAAUUUUUCUAUGGUAAACAUCUGCCUGUUAUUGUCGUUAGGAAAGGAGUAGACCUUUCACAACGAUGUAUCAUAUCUGUUUCAUCCGAACUUUUAACAAGUAAGGAAGGACGGUUGAUUUCAUCGAAUCCUAUUGAAUUCUAUCCUUUUGAAACCACUGUGGUUCAUAAUAUUAGUUUUAAUUUUGAAGAAAAUCAAACUAGGGAGAGACAGAUCGGAAUUUAUUUAAAUUCUCCUUCCGGUUGCGUCUUAGGAAAUCCAAGAAACAUCAAUUUUACGAUGAUAAAAGAAAAGAUAAAAUCCAUUGUUCAAUUUAAUAUCAGCAAAGUUACUGUCAAAGAAACGGAUCUAUUCAUUGAUAUCCCGAUUACGAGGACUGGAGAUACAAGUCAAAAUUCAUCAAUGUAUUGUGUUACUCGUGAUGGCAGUGCUACUUCAAGAGAGGAUUAUGAAGAAAGAUACGUCUCAAGGAGGACAUCGAUUAUCCUAUUUCUUCCUGACCAAAAGCUUUCAUAUUGCAGAAUAAAUCUAUACGAUGAUGAUAUUUAUGAAACUAAAGAAUCGUUCCAAGCAGAGUUAAAACCAAAUCCGAAAGAUACUGCAACAGAAAUCGGCGAAACUAAAUUAGUACAUGUUCAUAUAAUUGAUGAAGAAGAUGUUACCAGGAUAGAGCUAGAUAAAAAAGAAUUUAUCAUUUCUGAUGAGAUGUUACCAAGCAGUGGAUCACUUUCAGUACGGAUACCGAUUGUGAGAAGAGGAGAUUUGAGUGUGACAUCAAAAAUUAGAGUGAGCACAAUUGAUGGAUCAGCAUCAUCCGGAGAAGAUUAUCAUGCAAAAAGCAAACUUCUUAACUUUUUGCCUGGAGAACAGAAUAAAACAUUUUAUGUUGAUAUUCUGUACAACAAACGAAGGAACUGGUCAACAUUUUUCACGGUCUUAUUGGGCCCAGAUGAAGUAGUGAAUGCAAAAAUUGGCAAUGUUUCAAAAGCCCUUAUCAGAAUAGCUGGUGUUCAAUCGUCAGAAAAUUUAAUAUUACCCACUAUCCCUGUGGUUGUUUCGUUAUUAUAUUAUGAUAACGUUUCAAAAGGUAUGUCCGAAAAUCCUACUGCUGGGUACCCACUUGUUUGUGUAUCUCCAUGUGAUGAAAAUUAUCCUAACUACUUCACAACGAAUUCAUUUUGUACGGAAUCUAAAAUUAAUUCAUCGAUUAUCCGAUACUCUUGGGAGAUUGCUAUGCCUUCAGAUAAUGAAGAUGUGUCAGAUUUUGAAACAGUUGUUCAAUCAACUUUGUAUACAUCAGCACAUGAAAAGAUACUAGAUAGCAUAUAUUUCCGCCCUCAAGAACGAAUUCGCUGCAUUGCUCAGCCUCAAGAUGAAAAAGGCUCUCUGGGAAUUCCUUUGAAAAGUGACGUGGUUAAAAUCAGCUCCGAUAUAGGAUUUUGUCAUUCAUCUUUGAGAUCCAAGGAUUCUCCUUUUAAUCUUCAGAUACAGCCAUUUUUAGCCACACUCAAUCAUCUGAAUUCAUCUGAUUUGUACCAUCCAAAUGAACUUCAUAUUCAUGUUGAAAUUCCUCACGAGGAUGGACUUCUACCUCUACUCUCAACUUAUCCACUUCAUAACGUGGAUUUUCUAUUGACCCAGCAUAUUUACAGACAGCAACACAUUUGCUCAAACUUGCAGAGCGUGUCAUCAUUUGAAAAACAUGAAAGCUUCAUAAAGAGCCUUAAUCCCCUCUUAGAUGAUAUUAAUUCUGCUUUCCCUUUCAACGGAGAGCAAUGUCCUAAUAAUACAAGGAUUCUCUAUCAACAUCUUAAUUUAAAGAAAUGCAAAUGGGAGUUCGAUGCAUGGUACACAAUGGCUGAACUUGUUGAACUAUGUGGCGGAACCGUAACCACUGAUUUUAAGGUACGAGAUUCUGAUCAAACAUAUCUUACAGUAUUGCUCCCCCUAUAUGUCACAUACGUAUUUGCAACUGCACCCACUGGAUGGACCUCAGUUGAACAUAGAACAGAAUUAGAAUUUUCCUUUUUCUACAACACAUUCUUAUGGAAAUCUGGUGCUCAUUCAGAUACAUCAGUUGGAGCUAGUGUAAGCCUUAUUCGUGUCAGUACUAAUUCUGCCGGUCACAUGUUUUUCGAAUUCAAGACAGUUGCGAAGUUCUAUGGAUGUUUCGUCUUAGAUCACCAUACUCUUCCUAGUGAAAAAAGUUACGUCUCCGCUCCCGAAAAUCUUCAUCUGCAAUUUCACUUGGAACUUUUAUGGAGUGAACAAACGUUUGAUGGACCAAUACAGUUUUGGAGAGCCACUUCGGAUUACAACUUUAAAGACUAUAGUGGCUAUUAUUCUAUACAUCUCAUCCCAUGCAAGGUUACAAAAUCUGGACACUCGUUGCUUUUCAGUGGUCAUAAAUAUCUUCCCUGUAUUGCACAAAAGUCUCAGACAUUUGAUUUACCGCUCACUUAUCAAGUAACUAAUCGACCUCAACCAGUUACCUAUGCUCUAGAAACCUUUUUUCAAUUAUUUAAUGACAAAAAUCUAUUCAUGAUAGAUCCAAUGAAAAACUCGCAGAAUUUGCAGUACGUGGAAUAUAAAGGGCCUUUCUCCAAAGGGGAUAGAAUUUACGGAAGAGUAUUUUGGAGUCCAGAUCAAGGAUUAGAUUCUGCGUAUGAGCUUAGCAUAAAUGAAGUGAUUAUAUGUUCUGGAAAGGACGGUCAUUCACCUACAUUUGAUCCAACUGGUAAAGUCCAUGGUAAUGGUUCUCAAUAUGGAUGUCUGUUACCGAGCAACCACUUGAAAUACAAAUUUACACUUUUGGACAGACAUGAUACAGAAAUUACUACCAAAGAAGUUCAAGGAAUUCCUUUCAAUUCUAAAUUUGUAUCAGAAUCCUCUGAAUAUUCAUCACUAUCAAUUCUAUCAGGAGUGGAUGGAUUUAUAUUUAACGUUGAUCCUUUGUAUGAGAUAAGUUCCAAUCAGGAAUGGUUCCUUCAAGUUGUUUAUCAAAUUACACCGAUACGCAAAACUCGCCUACCUCGUUCAUUGGAUGACUUAAAUCUUCCUCACGUAGUAAAAGAAAAAGAAAGUAGCGUAAAAAUGAUAGUUCUCCGUCAUCAAAACUUACAAGACCCUUCUUCUAUCGCCAGACCUGUAAUUAAAAACACAAAAGAAUUCACAGUUGAAUUUGAACUGCACCAUCUACUAUAUUUCAUAUCAACAUGCCUCAUCAUUUUAAGUAUUGUCAUAAUGCGAUCCAAAAAAGCACACAUUGAAAAAAUGUUAAAUUUUUCAAGCAUCACAAAUAAUUCAUAUGCUUUCACAGUUUUCAACAAAACUCCUUUUAGGAAAAAGGAAACACAAGCCAUUAGUGAAGCUCAAAAUAAACAUAUAGUAGAAUAUAAAGGAGCACAUAAAGUCAAAAUUUCAAUGCCAAGAAAUAAUAUGAAAAUGCUUAGCUGCAAUCCUUCAGAAACGGAAGUGUAACUAUUCAGAAAUACUUGCUUCGUCUUAUUUUCCAUCUUUUUCUAAUUGGAUUCCUGCAAGUGACGUCAUCGUAGGUAAAGCAUGACUUUUGCCGAUUCAGAAGCCAAUCAGGAUCGGCACAUACGCGUGCCGUUGCUUACAGGUAUCCAAUUAAAUCUGAUUUAAAUCACAAGGUUAGGCAUAAGUACCUUACAUCUUCUCAAGUUGCCAGCACUCAAUUGUAAGCAUAAAUAUGUUUAUUAUAAUAAAUAUGAUAAAUAAGAAUAUUCUUCA